UGUUGGAUCUUGUUUUGCGUUUCUCGUGUACAAAAUGAAGGCGAGCAGCAGUAUUUAUAAAGCAAGGGCAGCAUAUGUUCUUUACGAGUAAGCAUUUUAUCAACGUGUUGGUGAGAAGGUAUCCUGUGAGCAAUAUUUGAGGGUAUCAUGCCUAGCAAGCCGAAGAGAAGGGGUGCUGGAGUGAGCCCUCCACCACCACCACCUUCGAAGAGAGUGGUGGGUCCUGGCAGUGGUAGCAAGCGAUCAGCCAAAACACCAUUGUUAAAGAACAAGAAACAUGUUGCAAUUGCAACCAAGAGCCUCAUUAUCCAACAGAGUGUAUCAGUAAAGAGAGUCCAAUCUACCAUGAAAGGAGGAAAGAUAAUGAAGAAGAAUGAUGACCAAAGAGACAAAGCGAGAAAAGCCCUCAAAAGAUCUUCAUCUACUAAGAUCUUGCUAUCAUCGCCUAAAAAGUCAAAAUCUCAGAACGCAAACACGAGUACAGGUAAAAAGGCCAUCAAAGUAACCCCUAAAAAGGCAAUCAAAGUUACUAUUAAAAGGGCAAUCAAAGUAACUACUAAAAAGCCAGUCAAAAUCAUUCCUCAAAAAGGAACAAAGGGAAGUUUGAAAACCGUUUCCAAGAUCAAAUUCAAGAAGGUCAACAAAGCUAGUCCCAGAAAGAUUGUCAAGUCGAGUCCUAAAAAGUUGACAAAGUUUCAAAAUGCUACUAAACCGAGCCCAUCCAGGGCUGUCUCCAAAGUCAAGUCCAAACAGCGAGGGAGUUCACCUCAGAAGGCUAAGUCUAAAACCAAGACGGUGGGUCGUGGUGUUGCUUCAAAGAUGAAACGAGGAGUGGCAUCCAAGACUAAGGAGACAACAAGUAAGAAAGUCAAGAAGCAAAAACAAACCACCAAGCCCAAAGCGACUAGCAAAGGAAAAGACAGUGCAGCAAAAGCUAAACCACGAACUAAAAAGCCUGCAAGUAAAGACAAGAAAAGAGGCAAAGGAAGUGGUAAAGGUGGAGUCAAGACCAAGAGAGUGAUUGGAGGCAAGACGUCUCCCCAGAUGGGCAAGAAAGUAGCGAGGCAUCCAAACAGCAAGCUGGUUCCAAAUACAAACAUUACAGUUGUCUCAAAAGAUCCAAUGUUUGAAGUCAAAAAUCCACCCCGGAUGCCUAUAGUAUCUGUAUAUGUCGGUAGCAAACGUGUAAUCUGUGCUGUCAUCACUAAAGAUAUUCCUCUUCUUAAGAAACUGAUUGCCAAUAAAGAUAUACCGUCUGUAUUCACCAAUCGAAGUGUAGACUUAAGAUACAAUGCUCUAGAGUAUGCUGUCAAGACGGAGAAUACUGAUGCUAUAAAGCUUCUUAUAAAAGAGUAUGAGCAGGUGGACAAUAGUCAGAGAGCGGUCAUGCCUCGAACAUUGAUGCAACAUCAAGGUACUGGAAGUUAUAACUACCGUAGUCUAGGGCAUGCUGUGAGAGCCAUCAAUAUGGGAAGAGGCUGUAGAGAAGGAGACAAUGCAUUUACAAAGGAUCUUGAAUUUUAUGAGGCAGGUCCAGAGCUGAAUCGGUUGGCUGACAUUGCAUUCACUGAAGGUGUUUCCUUAAACACAUUGGAUGUACUUAGUAAUUGCCAAGACUCAUUCAAGGAUACAUAUCUACACAAGAUCUCUGUAGCAGUGAGAGCUGGACAACAGAAGCUCGCAGGACACUUUGUAAAACAAGCCAACGUUAGAGGGGGAUUCGGCUUCAAUACUCUUCAUCAACAGGCUUUGCUUGCAAAAAAACCUGAAGACUUGGGCAACGUCAAAGGAGUCUCGGUCAUGAAGAAAUGCCUUGAGAAUAAUAAGAUCACGCCACUCCACUGUGCAGCAAUCAACCCUAAUCCUAAGAUCUUAGCCCAUCUGUUGAUGUUUGCUUCCAAUCCUUCAUGUACGGACAGUCAGGGUUAUGAGCUCAUCCAUUAUGCAGCGGCUUGUACAAGCAGUGGCCCUCUUCUACUUCUACUAGACAGGGGGAUUUCCGCUGAUCAGCUUGUUCCAAAGAAGUUAAUUACACCAUUGAUGAUAGCAGCUAUGUAUGGAAGAACUCAUAACAUUGAAGUUCUUCUCAAGAAUCUCAAGUCUGUUUCUGAUCAGGAAGAUGGUCCAACAGGAUUGUCAGGUGUCAACUUAAAGGACAAGACUGGUUACUUUGCAAUCCACUAUGCUGCUGAAAAAGGACAUGUGGAUGCUGUGAGAAGUCUGUUGAAACAUGGAGCUAGUGUUGAAACAAUGAUGUCUGCAGUUCAUAACAAACUAACCCCCCUGAUGCUUGCAGCUAGACAGGGACACUUUGAUUUAGCUCAGAUUCUUAUUGAAGAGAUGGAAGCUAUCAUUGAGAAAAGAGAUAAGAUCAAGCGUACUGCGCUGAUGUUAGCGUGCAUGAAUGGCCACUAUCCAAUAGUGACUCUCCUACUAAGGAAAGGAGCUGAUCCUAACACUAAGGACUCUUCAGGGAACACACCUAUCCACUAUGCAGCUGCUUAUGGCUGGUGGCACUGCCUCAAACUACUCCUCAAAGCUGGUGGAGAUCCUAACAUCUUGAAUGAUUGGAAGAAUCCCCCAUUGGGCAUAGCUUACUUGAAGGGCCAUCUAGGCUGUACAGAUCUACUACUAGAUCAACCCAAUGUCAAUGUCAACUUCCGUGAUGAUAAUGGCUCAACAUUACUUCUGAGGACUUGUAACCAAAAGAUGUAUAUGGACACUGUCAAAUCAUUCAUGUACCUCAUCAAGAAAGGAGCGGAUGUCAAGGCUGUCGACUUAGAUGGAGAUAAUGCGCUCCAUUUGAUAAUGAGUGCGACAAGUGAGCCAAAUUACUAUUCUGCUCCUGAAGUGGUGAAGUUCUUGAUGGAGAAAGGAUGUGACCCGACAGCUAAGAAUAAAUCUGGGAAGACUCCAAUCUUCAUCGCCCUUGAAAAGGGAAUGACUGGGUUAUUGAAGCUACUUGUCAGUAAAGGUGAUCGCAUACCACUAGAUGUUGGUGUUAGGCAGUUUGGUGAUAAUACUUUACAUCAUCUUGCAACUAACUGUAAGACUCAAGACCAGAGCAGUCUAAUUCAACUCAUUGCAGACAUGGAACAGGAAAAUGGUCCAAUACCCAUGGAUACAGAUGAUGACCAAGGGUCAAAGGUUACGACCUUAGAGGAGGCAGCCAAGAUGAAAAAUCACUACCGAUGUACUCCACUUCUCAGAUGCAUUGUGGUCAAUAGACAGGAUCUCUCUAACGAAAAUGUGUGCAAGACUCUGCAGGCCCUGAUUACACUGUGUAAGUCUGACAUUAACACAUAUGAAACUGUGCAGGAUGAACCUACUAAAGUGCAGUGCUAUCCAUUAAACAUCUUGGUGAAAGAGAGACCCAGCACGGCGCUGUCAAUGAUUCUGGAGUGUAACCCCAAACUGGAUGUACGUUGCUUUGAUGGCAACACUCCAUUGAUACAUGCUAUCCAAUCCAACCAAUGUGCUAAUGCUAAAACACUGCUUUCAAUGGGAGCUGAUCCGAAUGCAUCAGAAACCAACGCCUUACUGUUGGCCGUCAAACAGAAUAUGACAGAGUUGAUUCCUGAUUUGUUAGCUAAAGGUGCUGAUGUGAACGGAUCUGGAUUUGAGAACAAGCAACCAAGUAUUAUGCAUUAUGUCCCAGCCUAUAUCAGCAAGAUUCCAGCACGAAUCUCAACAGCUAAGAAGCUCUUGGCUGCUGGAGCUUCAUUGACCUCCGUGGAUGAUAACGAGAGAACGGUUCUCCAUAAUGCUGUCAAUAUGGAGCAGUCGAAUGUAACUACAGAGUUUCUUGAACUCCUACUGGACCAUAAUGUGGAUGUCUUUGCCCUGGAUGCAGAUGGAAGACUUCCCCUUCAUUAUGCAAUCUACAAGUGCAGCAUGUAUGGGAAACAGGGAGGACAAUUUGAUAUGUCACUUGGCAUAGAUCCCAUAGAGACUGUGUCACUAUUGGUAGAUGCUAUGGAGGGAAAGGAGUUGAAUCGAGUGGAUAGCAUUGGUCGAACUCCUCUACACUACGCUGCAUACAGAGGAGCAUUGAACUCUGCUAUGUACAUUGAUGAGAGGAUUGAUGACUUUGACAUGGAGGAUAAAUUUGGACAUACACCGUUAGCUUUAGCCGUAUUAGGCUGUGAAGAAAGCAUUGCCACAUGGUUGAUCCACAAAGGAGCUGACAUCAACAAGAUGUUAAAAAUUGAUUUGGAUGAAAGCAAAACCGCUCCCCAGAAACAGCUCUCAAAAGACUACUGGAUAUGGAAGCCCCAAGAUAUUCCUGAGAAGCCUAAAUCAAAGAUUGAGGCCUCUUUGUUUCAUGGUAUCGUCCAUGAACGUUGGCAAGGUGCUGUGUACGUCAUGAUGAAUAGAAUCAACAAGUUUGGCAUCUCCUAUGUCAAUGCUAUUGAGGCCGUGCUGUCAGAUCAGCAGUUUCAACUAGCGUAUGAACUCGUACGUAAACAGCGUGAUUCAAACAAACUGCAGUCAACGAAUAACAAAGAUCAGAACCUUCUCCAUGUACUGGCAAUUCAUGCUGAUAAAGGAGCUGCAUCAGAGACCAUCAUUACGAUCACAACAUCUCUCCUUGAUCAUGGUGUGAAGUUGUUUGCUAAAGACUACAAGGGAUGUACUCCAUUGCACUACGCUGCCAUUAAUCUCAACAAACACGUGUGUCGUAUCUUCCAAGACAAAGUCCCCUCUGAUUUUAAGCAAUGUUUGACAUGCGCUGACGAUCAGGGAAGAGUGCCCCUGGUAUCGAUGUUCUGGGGUCUGACAUUUCAAGACAGUUCUAAGACCAUAAUCGAGAUGCUCCAGGAGAAUAAGUCAAAUAUUGAUGUUGAGGGACGUCUUCCAGAUGUCAGGAUCCUCUCCCAUGAGAAGAGGCACAAGUGUGACUCCUUAGAGGAGUGGUAUCAUGAUCUACCAUUACAGAAAACCAUUCAUGUAACACCGUUAAUCUUCACUAUUCACAUGAACUCAUUUGAAGGAUGUCAGUUUCUACUGAAGAAGGGAGCUGAUCCAAACCAAGCUGAUAAAGAUGGUGUGACGCCAUUGAUGCACGCAAUCAUACAGAAUGAGAUAGUUCUUGUGAAUGUGCUACUGAAUCAUGAAUACGAUCCACUUAAAGCAGGGAAAAAGAAGAUAAGUGGUGACGACACAUCACCACUGUGGAUAACAAACACCUUGGAUCAAACUAAGUCUAAAGGGAAUAAACAGACCAGAGUAUCCAUCAACGUGAAUGAUGCCUAUGAAAUAGAUGGAAAACAAGACCAAAACAAAGUUCCAAAGCUUCAGAAGACCAGCAAGCUCAAUCUAAACGCUGUGGAUUCAAAGGGUCGUACAGCCAUUCAUUACUUGAUGAAGUCAUGCAACGUUGGGACCUAUGAGAAUGUAGAGGUACUGGAGCUAUUAGCAAGACUAAAAGCCAAGCUGUCAGAGAUAGACGCUGAUGGGAAAACUCCACUAGAUUAUGCUAUGGAGAGUGGAUCUCAUAAGAUGGCUGAAGCUCUGCAGAAAUUGACUAAAGUUGCACCACAAAGAAAGGUGUAUCCCAAGCCUGCAUGUCCAGUAUGGUCGGAUGAUAUAAACUCUCCAAUCCCACAGCUGAAUGUGGAUGAGGAUGCCGAGGCCAUGAUUCAACAACUUGAAGCAGAACGAAGCAAGACUAGAGUAGUGGAGGAGUUCAUACCAAAAGUGGAUAAGAAAUCAGGAAUGACUGUUGGAGGAUUGGUUCUAAUGGAUGAAGAUCAGAACCUUCCCUAUGAUGUCAUCAUGACCAAAGUAGAAGCACAAUAUGGCCGUUAUGGGAUGAAUAACUUCUAUAAGAUGCAGAUUAUACAUCAGGUUGCUAAGGAUGUGAAUGUUCUGUUUACUCGUUGGGGUCGGAUCUGUGAUGACGGCCAGUUUCAGAAGACGCCAUUUGGCACCAAAGAGGCAGCCAUUUCUGAAUUCAUGAAGAUCUUUAAAGCCAAGAGUGGGAAUGACUGGACUAGUGUAGCCAAUUUCCAGAAGAAGCCCAGUAAGUACAUGUUGGUUCAGUCGGACCCUGCAAGAGCUCAUCGAAAUAAAGCAAUCGGUGAAUUCCGCUUUAACUUGGAGUCUCCCGUACCAUCUAAACUACCAGAAGGAAUCCAGAAUGUCCUUUUAGAGCUGACGAGACCUCAGACAUUGAAGGAAGCCAUGAUGGACACACACAUCGACCAUGAUGUCAUGAACUUCAGUCUCCUUCCUAAGGAUGUAUUACUGAAGGCACAGGAGAUCUUAAAGCAACUCGAGGAGAAGAUACAGAAAGCUGAUAAGGACCGACAUACGAUUUCUGCUAUCGAUUAUCAAGCUGCUAUGGAAGAGAUUUAUGCGUUGAGCAAUGAGUAUUUCCACUUAAUUCCUCAAGAGAAUUUUGCUCAUGAUCGUAUGAAGCCACUAACGGACAUCUAUUCAUUACCUGAACACCAGAAGAAUCUUCAGAAACUUCUAGAACUUGAGAUCACAAACAGGAUUCUACUUGGUGCCACGAACAGGAAGGAAGAGAUAAAUCCUCUAGACUACAUCUAUCAUGCCUUGGGAUGCAAAGUCAAAUUGAUGGACAAAGAUGAUGUAGAGACACAACUCAUCCUUCAAAAUAUACACAACACAUGUUGCAACAACCACCCUAAGAUUGAAGCAAUCUUCAGGCUAUCUCGUCUCGGUGAGGAUGAGCGAAUAGAAUCUUGCAACAUGAGGAAUCAUAGACUCUUAUGGCAUGGUAGUAGCACAGUUAACCUUCUGAGUAUCAUGAAGCAAGGGCUGCUUGUAUCACCCAGGGAGGCUGCCAUCACGGGCAGUAGAUUCGGAAAGGGUCUAUACACAUCAGAUACGUUUACAAAGAGUGACGCUUACUGCAGGAAAGACUACCACCCCUCCUCGGAGAAAAGUCAUUUUCUGCUUCUGUGUCAGGUUGCACUUGGAGAUUUGGGACCAUUUAUUUAUCGUGACAAGGAUAAUAAUGCCUUCAAUAGUUUGUUUGCCAACGGUAGGAUGUACCCCGAUAAGAGGAGGGAGUUGUUACUUCCAUCAGGUGUGUCGUUAAAUAUUGGGAAACUGAUCCAACUAGAUCGUUACUGUCAAUCCAACAGUACCUAUAACGAGUAUGUGGUCAAAACUGAGGAGCAAGUUUGCCUGCGUUACUUGAUACAAUGCAGUAGUAAAUAGAACUUCAUCCAAAUCAUUACUGUACGUGCCGAUUUUAUGAUUUCUUAAACUUCUUCAUGAUUCUAUUAAAGGUUGGGUUAUAGUUGGUCGUGGGAUGGUCGUGCGAAUUUGUGUUGACUGUAAUGAAAUUAUUCAAAGGUCUUUAAAGUGAAUUAGGUUGAAAGAUUUUAUAGUAACUGUGAUUAAAGGAAUAUUUUUAAUUUUUGGAAAAGCAAUGGAUUCUUAUUAACUGAAAUAAUGAAAAAAAUCUUAUCUUAAAAUAUCUUUAUACUUGGAACAGAAACAACUCAUAAAUAUGACUUAUUAUAUAUUGUUAUAUUAUUGUUAGUUAGUCUCUUAUAUUAUUAAUAAUAUACAUUAUAUCUUACAAAAUAAUUAGAUGAGGUUUUCGGUAGUUCCAUGUGUAAACCUCUUUUAAAUAGUGUUGGUUCUGAAAAGAACCUAUGGUUGACAACUCAGCAUUACAAUCAGAUUAGUAGCAAUUAGAUGCUUCAGACAAGCUACCAACUUACUUUUAGCAAAAUUAGUAAACAAAUUAAAUCAAGCUUUCAAAUUGUAAGUUUUAGCCUUAAGAAUCAAUCAUGAAAUAAACUCAUCGUGUAUGUAAAUUAAUCAAAAAUAGAGUGACUCCUUAUAGGAACAUCUUUCCCUCCCACAACACUCUUUGGGAUUGAUGACGUUUUAAUAAAACCACCACUAUUAUCUAGUUGAUAUAUUAUACACCUAGUUGCUAUAUAAUUAAGGGAAUCAAUGUGUGGUGAAGAGGUUUCAACUAGUGGUUUAAUCCCAACGAGGCCUGGUUCUUGAUAAUU